UAGUAUCUUUUUCUACUCUUUGAAAGUUACACCAAUCAUACACAUUUUAACUCUGAAAAUGCCUUUUCUCCGUCUUUUUUUCUUACGAUGCUCUUCGUGUUGUCCUUCUUAGGGAUCUAUCUUACAGAAGCACAAAAAGUAUCAGGUUUUAGUUUAGAACUAAUUCAUCGUGACUCUCCAAAGUCUCCUUUCUAUAAUCAUAGAGAAACUCCCUUCCAACGAUUGAGAAAUGCAACAAGUCGUUCAUUUAAGCAUGCCAAUCGCUUUGAUCGGAAAUCAGCAUCUACUACAAAUGCAACUGAUGCUCAAAGUGAUAUUAUCUCUGACAGUGGCGAGUACCUUAUGAAUAUAUCAAUCGGCACCCCGCCUUUCCCAAUUCUGGCUAUCGCUGAUACCGGUAGUGAUCUUAUAUGGAGUCAGUGCAAGCCAUGCAUUUUGUGUUACGAGCAACAAGCUCCUCUUUUCGACCCUCGUAGUUCCUCCACUUAUGAAGAUGUUUCUUGUUACUCAAGGCAAUGUGCGUCACUUGAUUCAUCCGUUUGUUUGGCCUGGUUUGGAAUAGAUUCGUGCCUAUAUUCAGUAUCAUAUGGGGAUGGAUCAUUCUCAAAUGGAAAUCUUGCUACUGAUACUAUAACACUCAAUUCAACGAACGGUAGCGCUGUGUCUCUCCCCAAUAUCGUCUUCGGUUGCGGACACAAUGAUCUUGGAACCUUUGAUGAGAAGGCAACCGGCAUAGUUGGCCUUGGAGGCGGCGAUAAUUCUCUAAUCUCCCAAAUGGGCGAUUCAAUAGACGGAAAAUUCUCCUACUGCUUGGUACCUAUAACUUCAUCUGAUAAUAAUUCCCUCUCGAGCAAAAUUCAUUUUGGUAGCAAUGCAAAUGUUUCAGGUUCUGGGGCAGUUUCCACUCCCUUGGUCGCUAAAGACCCAGAAACUUAUUACUAUCUCACUCUUAAAGCAAUCAGUGUAGGAAACACUAGUAUCCCUUUUGUUGGUUCUUCAUUCGGAACCACGGAGGGAAACAUUUUGAUUGAUUCAGGAACUACGUUGGCACUUAUGCCAGAAGAUUUUAACUCUAAAUUAGUUUCAGAAGUAUCGAAACAAAUCGAUGAAGUACCAAUUCAAGACCCCGAGGGAACUUUUGAUCUUUGCUACAUAGCGGAUUCCAAUUUUAAGCCUCCAGUGCUCACCGUGCAUUUUAGUGGUGCAGAUGUGAAGUUGAGUUCCUUGAACACCUUUGUGCCGAUUACUGAAAAAGUUGUAUGUUUUACUUUCAAAGGUGCUGAAGAGACUGCAAUUUAUGGUAACUUGGUACAGGCAAACUUCUUGAUUGGAUAUGACACACAGAAACAGAUUGUUUCAUUCAAGCCAGCUGAUUGCGCCACAUGUAAUUUCUUUUAAUUUUAGGGUUUGUCGCAAUUGUGUUUUUCAUGUGGAGUGAUAACAUUAGCUUAAUCACUGUUAUGCAUUUUAUAUAUAAAAAAUAGAAUAAACCCUUGUAACGAUCAUGUUCAAGGGUUUUUGGUCAUAA